AUGGCCUCAAUCGACAGGCUCAGCGCCUUGCCCGACGAUAUACUCUCCCACAUCCUCUCUUUUCUGCCCUUGAAAACCUCCGUCUCCACCAGCGCCCUCUCCGCAAGAUGGAGGCGUCUAUGGACCUAUGCGCCUAACAUACAACUCACCGAAGAGUACCAGCUACUAAGAUUUAUUAUGUAUUCACUUCCGGAAUCAAAUCCCUAUCACGAAAAGUUCGUAGACGUGUUGACAAAGAUUCUGUCCCAAAGUGAAUCGCACGGCGUGAACACACUUCGACUCGAUAUGUAUUACUUCGACGAGCAUGAACUUGAGGCGCGUCUCGAGAGCGCCUUUGCGUGCAACGUGAAAACUCUCGAUCUUACUUUGCGAUAUGGCUCUGAGGAUAUCCACCUUUUCGACGAAGGCCCCCUUUUUUAUUUGAGGCUCAAUCUUUUCGAUAUUAAGAUGAAUAGUGGCACCUCCAAAACCCUAGUUGAUUUGAGGCUCGAUCUUUUCUAUAUUAAGAUAAAGAUUGGUACCGUGUGUUUACCAGCCCUCAAGAGGCUUCAUCUUGGGGGCGUUACCCUUGAUGGCACCCUCAACAACCUGAUUUCCUGUUGUCCGGUGCUUGAAGAGUUCACUGUUGCUUACUAUAUCCAAUGUGACGAAAAUAUGGGAUACCACUGCAUAUCUUCAUCCACUAUGAAGAGGUUGGUCUUCAAUUGUGAGUUCCCUUACAAGUUGAAGAUAGAUACUCCUGCGCUUAAUUAUCUAUUACUACGGUAUGAUAUCCCCCAUAAUUUCUCGGUUGGGUCGAUGGACUUCUUAGUUGAAGCACACAUUGUUCUUGAGCAUUUCAAGGUAAUUGUGAACGACAAUCUCUAUUCUCAUUCUCUGCUAGAAUUAUUGGGUAGGUUUCUCUAA